AUGGCAUACUACCACAAAAUGAUGAGAGAGGAUACCAACAGAAUAAAAUACAUAAGGAGCAACAAAAACAGCAACGAUAUCAAUAUCAAUAUCAAUAUCAACAUUAACAAGAGGAGCAGUUUAAAUGGUAAAUUAAGUAAGGGCAAAGUUAUAAAAUACUGGUCUGUCGUCAAAAGACAUCUAAUUGAUACUGGAGAUAUCUAUCAAGAUGAACAUUUAGUGUAUUCUGGGGGUGGGGUUAUAUUGAAAGAUAAUAUUCAAGAUCCAAUUGUGCCAGUAUACCAACCGACAAGCUCAGAUGACUUCAUUAACAAGAAGCUAUUUCAGAAUAACUUGACAGCAGCUCAGAUUCAGAAAAGGAAACAGGAGGAUUUAGAAAUCCAGGUUAAAAAUGAGAUUUUUUUGGAAACCUCCGAACAGCGGUUGAAGAGAUUUACCAGAGGUUAUCGAAGGUCACAAAACAUGGAAAUCACGCCGCCCUUAACGGAUAGCUCGGCAAGCCUAUCUUCAUCCUCAGGGAAAUCAGGCACCUCUGAGUUGGGCAGCACAAACGGUAUAAGGAAAUGGGGAACAAUUCAAUUGAAGAGGGUUAUCAUACCUUUAGAUGAAAAGGUUCACACACCUUUUUCCUUUCAAGUAUCUUCUAUCUAG